UCUCCCUGUUUCCUUAAUAACCAUGCCCCCCGGACCCCGUUGUACGAAAUAGUACUUGACUUUUUUGUUGUUGCAUGCCAAUCUGACUCGACAUUCGCUGGAAACGGACACAUAUUAUACGUUAUCCACAUCACGAAUAUCAAACCACUUUGUGCGCUGCCAGAUAGACAUCAUGACCGCCUCCAAGAUCACCGUUCCCAUCACGCAAGCCCCUCCGUACAGGGUACACGAGGGCAAGACGGCCAUCAUCACGGGCGGCGCGAGGAGCAUCGGCGCCGCCAUCGCCCAGAACCUCGCCUCCAAGGGCGCCAACGUCGUCCUUGUCUAUCUGACCGAGGCCUCGGACGCGCCCGCCGCCACGCUCGCCGCCGAGCUGUCCAAGGCGCACAACGUCAAGGCGCUCCCGGUGCGGGCCGACUUCAGCACGCCCGAAGGCUGCGCUCGGAUUGUCGCCGCCGUCAAGAGCGAGCUGCCGCCCAACGCCAAGACGGGCAAGCCGCAGGUCGACAUCCUCGUCAACUGCGCCGCCCUCUUCCACGCCAUGCCGCUCGAGGCCGUCAACGUCGAGGACUUCCACAAGGUCUACUCCAUCAAUGUCCUGGGCCCCAUCCUGCUCACCCAGGCCGUCAAGCCGCUGCUGCCCACCGACCGCUCCGGCCGCAUCGUCAACGUGUCGAGCGUCGGCUCCAAGGUCGGUCUCGAGUACCUGACGCUGUACGGCGGCAGCAAGGGCGCGCUCGAGGCCAUGACGCGCACCUGGGCCCGCGAGCUCAAGGAGAACUGCACCGUCAACUCGUGCAACCCCAGCUCCACCAUGACGGACAUGCUCCGCGGCGCCCCGGAUGAGGCCAAGCAGGCCAUCUCGAGCUGGUACCCGCUGACGCCGCUGUGCGGCAUCCGCGACUGGGACUCGGACGAGCAGAAAGAGAUGGCUGAGAAGUACGGCGGCCGCGCCGGUUAUCCCGAGGAGAUCGCGGGCAUCGUCGGCAUGAUCUGCUCGCCCGAGAGCGGGUGGAUGACGGGAUGCCUGAUCAGUGCUAACGGAGGACAAUGGAUGGCCAGUUAGUUGUGUGUUAUUGUUGCAGCGUUAAAAUACAUGAUUCUCAGCUGAACGGUCGUCACCACUUGCGUCGCCUUGUGGCGCGUCAUAGUCCAUACGCAGGGGGAGGG